UGAAUAAAUGAAAGUGGAGGCAGUUCAAGAGCACAGUCUUCCAACACCAACACAUUGCGCUGACAACUGAUUGCCGAAUCAUUCACAACACGUGGCCGAGGCAAAAUCGGCAGCGCCUGCCAAAGCAGAGGGCACCAAGCAAAAUGUAACACAGUAUUGAUCUCGUACUAUCCUGGAAGAGGCGAUGGUGGAACAGUCAAAACGUGAUCGUCUUCUCUGACAGUUGGAUCCAUGAUGAAACUCGCUUGGGCGUAAGACUAGCCGCCAUCCGCCCCUUUUCAUUUAGCGAUCCACAAAAACAGCCCAAGCCGGCUCUCAGGCCUGGACACCGUCUGAAAGUUGGAUCGAACGAGUGUCAAAUCAGCAAGGGAUGAAAAGUUGCCAGUAUGUAAAGAAAGCCUUUGUCUCAAAUGUCUCUUACCAUCAUUAUCGACUGAAUUUACUUGUCGAAUUGCUGUCUUUGUACAAUUACUGUCUUGCUCUGCUUGCUCUGUUGGAGUUUUGACUUCGCGAUGAACUGGAUUAUCCAGUAUGGGCUCAAAGCACAGCAAGGCUUGAAACUCCAAGCCUUUUUCCAUACGGACAAGCCAACUUCCGAGUCCGCCAAUACUUCUUAUCACCGCCGAGAUGCUGGGACGCCCACAAAAAAGAUGACCUUUGGCUGAGAGAAUCACUUGGUUCUCUUGGAAGUCGCUAUUUCUUGCUCCAGUUCCCGCCAGCCAAGUCAUCUCCACGGGGAUUGUCAGUGGGAUGAAACUUGUCAAUCUGCCAUCUGAACUCGCCUCGAGAUAUUUUUGACCUUGGUUUCGUCGUUAUGUACCCAAUAAUAGAUAUUUCUGUUGUUCACUCCCUCAUUUAGCCCAAAAAGCUUCGACACAUGGAGUUCAGCUUGUGGGAGUCGUGUUUCCAGAGGAAUUCGAGCCUAGACUUACCCCAACUUGGCAGAUAUGAAGCAAAAAUAUUGUCUUGUCAAGAACUUGGCAUGAAAUAUCAGCCGAUGUUACAUGAAUGCUUGCACAUCGGUUUCUUUAAAGUACAGACUUGAGCCUCUCAUGAUUUUUUUUCUCCAUACUCUUCGUUCGCUUCGUGGUUGAUCCAUUCGUUUUACCACUAUUUUUGUUCCAUUCACCACCGGCUGGGCCGAUUUUUAUACAUUCCCAUCUUCCACUCAAUACGUUGGAACCAGACUUCUCGACCUUCAUCCUCCCAACCAUCGACCAUGCGUUUCUCCUCUGUUUUCGUUCUGGGUGUCCAGAUCUCAAGCAUUGUUGCGUUACCUGCUCACUCGGUUAGACGAUCCCAAGUCGAUACCAUCUCGUACCCAGUAGUUUCUCGCAACGUGGGGACUUCAAUUGAUGUACCAGUCAAGCGUAACAAGGAGGAGAAGGAGGGUUCUGCUGCUGCUGGAAAAGCUGAGGGAGCCAAAGCUGAGGCAAGCAAGGAACAAGUCGCUGCAGAACCCGCGAAGGUCGAAGCAGGAAAGGCCGAGGGAGCCAAAGGCGAAGCAGGCAAGGAACAAGUUGCCGCAGAGCCCGCAAAGGUCGAGGCGGGCAAGGAGGCCGGAGGCGAGGUAGCAGCCGGCGAAGGCGAGGCAGCGGCCGGUGAAGGCGAGGCGGCGGCCGGCGAGGGCGAGGAAGCAAAGCUUGAAGGAGAAAAAGAACUUGUCGGUGCUUUCGGCACAGCUAUUCCACUUGAAGGAGGUGAUAUCAAACAAGAUGCAGUCUUCACCAAAUCGGCCACUGGUGCAUUUGAAUUCGAGUUUCAAUCAAAAGCCGCUGAUGAACUUACCGUCACCGAGAACAAGACACCCGCCGCACCUCCAGCUGGCUUUGUAGCUGUCGAACCCAGCUCGUUCCAAGUUGCGCUUGGCGUAAGCAAAGGAGCCGGUUUGACUUUGUCCAAGAUUGACUACAUCUUUGAUGGCACCAACGCAGCACUUGCCGCAAUGGAUUUGACACAAGCAAAGAUCGGAAAGCUCUGUGCAGAUACUGGCUCUUUCGUCAUUGAGGAAACUCUUGGAGAGCUUGAAUUUGAAGCCGAGGAGAAUGAGGUUACUUUGAACCUCAACAAGGAUGUCACUGCUGAGGGCGAGUGGGGUAUCUUCCUACCUGCAGCAGCUGCUGGGGGUGAAGCAGCUGCAGGUGAAGGAGAAGCCGCCGCAGGUGAAGGAGAAGCCGCCGCGGGUGAAGGUGAAGCCGCCGCAGGUGAGGCAGCUAAAGGCGAAGCAGGUAAAGGCGAAGCCGCCGCAGGUGGAGCCAACAAGAAUGAAACUGAAGCAGCGAAGCCCGCUGAGAAGCCAGCCGCCAAACCAGCUACUGAGGAGGCUGCAGGAGGCAAUGCGACAACAGAUGUCCAAGCUCUUAUCGAUCAACUCCGGAGUGGGAGAGCAUCAGUUCCAGGUUUCGUUGCACCUCCUAGACGCUGAAAGGCUUGAGAUCUGCUUGUAUUGUUCUUCUGUUUGUAGUGAAUAUCUAUUGGGUUUAAAGGAGAUUGGAAAGAGAGUUAAAACUUGAGUAGAGAAAAUAUUCUGGAAUCGAUAAUUAUCAUCAAAGCGUACCACUUUGAUGUCCAGAAGUUUCGUUUCCUUUCUUGGUUUGCUUGUGAUUAAUAUACCUGAAUGGGCGUCUCUGCAGAUUUCUGAUUCCAAAAUUGGAUGCAUCACACAUGUGAUCAUUUUCGCCGGUGUAUUGACGUUUCAAAUCAGGGAAAAUUAUCAAACAUGAAAAAG